CCAGGCGGCAGGAUCCCCAAGGGCAGCAGAUCUCCGAUGGAGAUCUUUAUUCCCCGUUGUUUUCCCCAUAGAGAUCUUCCCUUGCCCCUUCCUCCCUGGCAGGGAAGGGGGCACCCUUUUGUGGUCGCCUCAAGACCUGUAUCUCUGUGCAUGUCUCUGCGUGGCUUUAUUUCCUAACGUUUUAUAUACGGCUUGAUGGUUUAGAAAAAGAAGGAGAAAGAGGAAUCCCGGCCACCCUCGAAGCAGCAUAAUAUGCCCGCUCAAGAUGUAUUUCAGUGUUUCAGCACUUUGCCAGGCCCAGGCGGCAACAGUCCGUGGUUAAUAAAUAUUUAUAAGCCCUUUCUUAAGAAAAAGAGAGAGAGGCAUUUGUAAUACCAUGACAGGACUCUUUGGUGGUGUGUGCCCACAUAUAGUCUACUUUAUAGCCAGUGGUUUAUUUCUGAAAAAGCAAUCAGCCUUGGCAAGAGAAUGUGGCUUAGAAGUGCUUAGCAGAGAAAGGCACUUUGCACACACUCAGAGGCACACUGUUACUACCGGGCAUGGAGGAAAUGGGGUGUUAGAGAGAACAAAGAGGGUCCCCUGCCCACUUUGGGAUCUGGCCCCACUCCACGCUGGCAUGUGCCCCCAAUAGUAGCCAGGAGGAAAUGUGCCCUUUGACAGAAGCCAGGUUUCUCUAGCCCUGCUUUCAGAGGCUGUGACUUUCUGUUAUUUCUGCACAUUAUAUGGCAGAAGUUCUAGCAUCAAAAGCAGUUUCUGGAGCUUGAGAGUAGGUGGCUGCUGCUUUGGGCACUCCAAAGUGUGGUGCUGCUUGUGCUUCUCCUCUCUGGGACUAUCCUAGGAAUAACUUUCUCCUGCUCUUCUCUUAGGCCAUUCCAGCUGUUCAGCUAGACUUCUUUCAUCAUGGGGGAAAGAAAAGGAGUCAAUAAGUAUUACCCACCUGAUUUUGAUCCAGCCAAGCAUGGCUCCCUUAAUAAAUACCGCAACAGCCAUCCGCUACGGGAAAGGGCCCGUAAACUCUCCCAGGGUAUCCUCAUCAUCAGGUUUGAGAUGCCUUAUAAUAUCUGGUGUGACGGCUGCCAGAACCACAUUGGCAUGGGUGUUCGCUACAAUGCUGAGAAGAAGAAGGUUGGCAACUACUACACAACCCCCAUCUACAGGUUCCGUAUGAAAUGUCACCUUUGCCCCAACCACAUUGAGAUGCAGACGGACCCAGCCAACUGUGAUUAUGUCAUCGUCAGUGGUGCCCGGCGCAAGGAAGAGCGCUGGGAUGUGGAAGCGAAUGAGCAGAUAGUGGCCACAGCCCACGAGGAGAAGCAGAAGCUGGAGACCGAUGCCAUGUAUCGGUUGGAGCAUGGCUCAAAGGAUCAGAGCAAGCUACAGCGAGCCCUCCCCACCCUGCAGAACAUCCAAGAGGCUCAGAGCGCCUGGAAAGAUGACUUUGCACUCAACAGCCGCCUUCGCCGGAAAUUCAGGGAAGAAAAGAAAGUCCUGCAAGAGGAGGAGAAGAAAGAUCUCGCCCUGCAGUCAAAAGCAUGCCUGAGCAUCCCGCUUGUGAGAGAGUCUGACGAAGACCGCCACCUGGCGGCGCUGCUCAAGUACCAGAGCCUUGGCUGUUAUGAAGACAAACCAGAAGCAAAAACGCAGUUGAGAUCGUUUGACCGCCCAUGGUUCUCAUCUGCCCAGGUCUCAAGCCCCAAAGCCAAUGACACCCUGAAAAAGCUGGCACUCUCGGGGAAAUCCCCAGCUGGAAAGCCACCCGUAGCGAUGAACGACCUGGGUGUUGUGCGUCGGAAAUCCAGGGAUAGGGAACGAGCUUCAGCCGAAGAGGAGAGUGAGGCUUCAGAUCCCACAUCAUGCGUUAACACGCAGGACCAGGACAGUGCAGUGAAGAAAGUGUCCCUUGACUCUCUCACGGGGCCUGAAGUGGGUUCCCAAAAGGCUGAAGGAAGCCCUCUAUCCCAUUUUGCUACCUCUCUUGUUGCAGAUUAUUCUGACUCUGGAUCUGAUCCUGAAGCUGAACUGUGAACAGAAUUUUGUGGCUUUGGAUAAAACAUGACUGGAUCUGAUGUACAAAUUGUCACCCCCCCUCCCAAACCAACAAAAGACUGUGCAGCCUAUCAGUUGAAUGUCUGAAUAGGUGUGUGUGUGUGUGUGUGUGUGUGUGUGUGUGUGUGUGUGUCCGUCCGCCUGCCCGCCCAUGGGAGUUCCAUUUUGUUGCCUUUCCUUGAGCUAUUUGCAUCUGUGCCCCUGGUUAUUUAAGCAUGACCCCCUUCCUUGUUUUGUCCCACAUACCACAAAAUAAACACAGCUCUCCCUAUAA